UCAUGCCUUCGUCGCAAUUUGAGUUCAGUCCAGCUCAAAAGAAAAGAAAAGAUCGAAGAGUUCAUUCGAUUCGCCUCCUGCGUCGCGUCGCCUCACGCCUCCGAACACGCUGCAGCCUGCAGCCGGAGUGGCAGCUAGGGUUGAGUGUGGAGCUCUACCAAAGAUCCGAACCCCCUCGCACGCGGCACGACCAAACCCUAACCGCCUGACCCCAAUGCGUAGGGGCCUCGGCAGCGAGACGUUGCUGCGCCGGCACCGCGCACCGGCGCGGCUGUGGGUCGCCGUAGCGGCGCUGGUCACGGGCACCAUCUGGCUCUGGUCCUCCUCCUCCGUUGUCCUCUUCGGCGCCUACAGGGUCCAGGAUUUUGUUGUGAAUGAGUUGUGGAGGACUGCAGAUUCAAAUGGCUGGAGAGCAUCUUCUGCACCACGCACCUAUUGGCCUCCCCCACCAACUGAAUCUGAGAGCAAUGGGUACUUGCGUGUCCGGUGCAAUGGCGGCUUGUCCCAACAACGAAGUGCAAUAUGUAAUGCUGUUGUUGCAGCACGAAUCAUGAAUGCUACACUAGUGCUGCCAGAGUUAGAUACAAAUUCAUUCUGGCAUGACGAGAGUGGUUUUGUAGAUACAUAUGAUGUUCCCCACUUCAUCAAGACAUUGAAAUAUGAUGUUCGAAUUGUUAUGAGCGUUCCAAAAAUCACCACACAUGGAAAGACCAAGAAGCUCAGAGCAUAUAAGAUUGAACCACCUAGAGAUGCACCAGUUACCUGGUACAGAACAACUGCUCUGGAGAAGUUGAGGAAGUAUGGUGCGAUAUAUUUAACUCCAUUUUCACACCGUUUGGCAGAAGAAAUUGAUGAUCCAGAGCUUCAAAGAUUGAGAUGCAGGGUGAAUUAUCACGCUCUACAGUUUAAGCCAAAUAUCAUGAAAACAAGCAGUGAUAUAGUGAAUAAGCUCCGUUCAGAAGGCCAUUUCAUGUCAAUUCAUCUUCGGUUUGAGCUGGAUAUGCUUGCAUAUGCCGGGUGCAUUGACAUAUUCGCGCCUAAAGAACAGGAAAUCCUGUUGAAGUAUCGGGAAGAAAAUUUUGCAAAUAAGACCCUUGUUUACAGGAAAAGAAGGCUCAUUGGAAAGUGCCCUUUAACUCCAGAAGAGGUGGGUCUUAUCAUACGUGCUAUGGGAUUUGAUAACACAACACGGAUUUACCUUGCUUCUGGCAAGCUCUUUGGUGGGGAACGCUUCAUGAAGCCAUUCAGGGCUAUGUUUCCACGUCUAGAAAACAAUAGUAUGGUUGGGAGUGGAAAGCUGGAAGAAGACACCCGAGGGCUAGCAAGGGCAGCAGUUGAUUACAUGGUCUGUCUCCUGUCAGACAUUUUUAUACCCACAUAUGAUGGCCCGAGCAACUUCGCAAACAACCUCAUGGGUCAUCGCCUAUAUUAUGGUUUCCGAACCACAAUCACGCCAAACAGGAAGGCCCUUGCUCCGAUAUUCAUGGACAUGGAGGAAGGGCAUGCGUCUGGAUAUGAGGAGAGGAUCAGGCUGGUCAUGUUCAACACCCAUUUUGGAGCCCCCCACAAGCGCAUCCAUCCAGAGUCUUUCUACACAAACUCAUGGCCAGAGUGCUUCUGCCAGAUGAAUGCUAGGAAUCAAGCUGACCGGUGCCCGCCCGACAAUGUAAAUGAUGUCCUUGAAAGUCAGUUCCAGAAUAAAGAAGAUGUAGAAGCAGAAGCCACUGGUCGAACCGACUCCACUAGCCAAGUCAAAUAGAUGGCGGAACUGAGUCAGCUAAGGUUUAUUGAUUCAGAGCACAGAUUGUUUCUCACUCAGACCUGGGUAUGACAAUUUUUGGAGGAAGGAUUGAUGGCUCCGGAUCUCGGUAGGCAAUUAUGUUCAACUCGAGAUUUAGUUGUUGAGAUUGUUAGUCUGGGAGGGUCAGAACCAGAUUUUGUAUAAAUUUCGUCAUGUAGAGUUCCGGCGAAGAAAAACCAUACGAACGUCAGGAGUUUUGUGGGUACUACGUACAAUUGGAGGCCUUUGCCCCCCAUGGUAUAGCCGAGUGUUUGGUGUCUCCGGUUC